CCCCAUCUCUCUCUACUUCUCUACUUCUCCAAUUAGGGUUUCCCAAACCCUAUCGCCUCUCUCUCUCCUUUUUUCCCCUAAAUCUGAAACCUUUCAACAAUGGCGGAAGAAGCACAAUACGAAGCUGCUAACAACAAGAGGAAGUACGAAGUUGAUCAAACGACGCCGUCACCAGUACCACGUAGACCUACUGGAUUUUCAGCACCGAUCUCUUCGUUAUCUCCACCUCCUGAUGUUGCUGCUGCUACGUAUAAUAAUGUUCCGCCGCCCAUGGAUGAUUUUCAGUUGGCUAAACAGAAAGCGCAAGAGAUUGCUGCUAGGUUGUUGAAUAGUGCUGAAGCUAAGAAACCUAGAGUUGAUAAUAACGGUUCUGGUGCUGGUGGAUUUGAUUCAUACGAACACAAGCCCAUUGUUACUCCUCCGAUGACAAGUUCAUUUGGUUAUCCGGGGCAAAGCAAGAAGAUUGAAAUACCAAAUGGCAGAGUUGGUGUGAUUAUUGGCAAAGGUGGGGAGACCAUCAAGUAUCUUCAACUCCAGUCUGGAGCCAAGAUUCAGGUUACUAGAGACAUGGAUGCUGAUCCUAAUUCUCCAAAUAGAGCAGUUGAACUCAUGGGUACUCCAGACCAAAUAGCUAAGGCUGAGCAGUUAAUUACUGAGGUUCUUUCUGAGGCCGAUUCAGGUGGUUCUGGUCUAGUUUCUCGGAGAUUGCCUGGACAGCAAUCCGGAGGAGAACAAUUUUCGAUGAAAGUCCCUAAUAACAAGGUUGGUCUUGUUAUUGGUAAAGGAGGUGAAACCAUAAAAAAUAUGCAAGCAAGAACUGGAGCACGUAUUCAGGUGAUCCCCUUGCACUUGCCUCCAGGUGAUACAUCACAAGAGAGGACCGUACAAAUUGAUGGGUCAAGUGAACAGAUUGAGGCUGCAAAGCAGCUGGUGUAUGAAGUGAUUAGUGAGAAUCGCAGAAAUCAAGGGAUGACCGGAGGAUACCAGCAACAAGGUUAUCAGGCCCGACCUCCUACAAGCUGGGCUCCUCCUGGUGCCCCAAUGCAACAACCUGGUUAUGGAUAUGUUCAGCCUGGCGCAUACCCAGGUUCAGCCCCCCAAUAUAAUGCGUCGCAGCCACCUUACUCUGGAUAUCCUCCUCAAGCUGCGUCUGCUGGAUAUGCCUCUGGCUGGGAUCAGGGUACUGCUCAAAAUCAACAAUCUCAGGCAGGUGGCUAUGAUUACUACAACCAACAGGCCCCACAACAGCAGCAGCAAACUGCUGGAGGUCCAGCCGCUUCGACUGAUACUAGUGCCUAUGGUUACAACCAGCAAUCUGCCACGGGUUACAGCCAAGGACAAGCUUAUUCCCAGGAAGGCUAUGGGGGAUAUCAUGCACCUGCUGCUCAAUCUGGUGGUUACCAGGGUUCUGGUUAUGAGCAGCAACAAGGUUAUAGCUCAGCCGCUGGCUAUGGGAGUGCUGCAAACCCAACAUCAGAGGGCCAGAAUUCGUCCUAUGGUACACAAAGUGAUGGCAGUCAAGCACCUCCACCAGUUCAGUCAUCAGUUACGGGCCAACAAGGAUAUCAUUCUGGCCAGCAGCCCAGUCCUAAUCCUAGUUACCCAUCUCAAGGCUCUGCUGCAGGAUAUGGGGUGCUCCCUACUUCUCAAGGUGGGUAUGGUACGCCGCCAGCUGGCAGUUAUGCUGCUGGUUAUGGGGCCCCUCAGGCUCAAAAGCCUCCUAGUCAGCCAGGUUAUGGUCAACCACAGCAGUCUCCUAGCGCACAAGCUGGUUACGCCCAGCCUCCCCCAGCUCAGCCUGGGUAUCCACAGCCAGCUGCUCAAUCAGGUUAUGCUCAGGCUGAUCCUAGCACUCAGCGACCUCCCGCUUCUGCAUAUGGUGCUCCACCAGCUCAGCCAGGUUAUGGUGCCCAAGGUUAUGGGGCUCCACCUAGUUAUGCCCAGCAGCCACCACCGUACAACAGUGCCUACGGUGGUUACGCCCAGCCUCCAGCAUAUGCUUCUGAAGCAGCUCCGGCAUCGCAGUCUGUUCCUCCUAGUGGUGGGGUUGCGAAAGCAUCACCUCAGAGUUAAUAUCAGUUUUUUGGAAUGGUUUAAUGGAUCAUUUUAAGGAAUUUCAUAUUUUUGUUGCUUAGGUAUCUUUAGGUCUUGUAGUAUAUCAAGGCAGUGUUUUAAACUUCUGUUUGUUUUGGACCGUAUGUCUGGGUUGCAUGUUGUUUUCUUUGUUAUAUUUGCAAUUGGUUGAACAUAUAAAGGCAGUGUAUUAAACUUAGUUUGUUUUGGACCGUAUGUCUGGGCUGCGCAA